ACUAGUGGCUAAUGACAACUGAGCGCCCAUUCCACGUGAGAUUAUUUGCAUGGAAUAAGCUGUGUACUCUGUAAUUUUUCAAAAAAGAGAGUAUAUAAACUCUGUAGAACAGAUACUGACGCUUUCAUCUUUAAUGUCUUACAAAACAAUUCAUCACCUCUCUUAUAAAUUGAGAAAUUGUGUUCUUCAACAGGCAAUAUCUCCCGCCAAACAAACGCACGCUCAAAUUCUUGUAAAUGAUUACCUUGCGAAUGUCACUCUCCAGACUGAUCUCUUGUUAGCUUACUCCAAAUCUGGUCUUCUCCAAGAUGCUCGCAAAGUAUUCGAUAGAAUGUUCGACCGGAACAUGCAUUCAUGGAACAUUAUGAUCUUCUCGUACGUUCAAAACUCUCUUUUUUCUGAUGCUAUUGGUGUUUUUAAUAAGUUUCUAAAACGUGGUUUUCGACCGGACCACUAUACCUUGCCUCCGCUGUUUAAGGCAUCCUUAGGGGUGGGAGAUUGUUAUCUGGGGUGGAUGCUUCAUGCUUGGGUAAUCAGACUUGGUUUUGACGGAUAUGUUGUUGUGGGUAGCUCCGUUAUGGACUUUUAUGUGAAGCAUGGGGCAUUGGUUGAUGCAAAGAGAGUUUUCUCUGACAUGCUGUGGAAGGAUACUGGUGCUUGGAAUUUGAUGAUUUCGGGGUUUGGGAAAGCAGGUCGCUGUGCAGAGGCAUUGAGCUUGUUUAGAGAUAUGAUUGCACAGGGGGUAAAUGUUGAUGUUAUGACUAUUCCUAGUAUUUUGAAUGCUUGUGUAGGGGGAGGUGAUUUGAUGAAAGCAAAGGAAAUUCAUGGUCAGGUAGUAAAAAGUAUCUUAUUUAAUGAAGACGUAGCAAUCGGGAAUUCGUUGAUUGAUGCCUACGCAAAAUGUGGGGGCUUGGGUGAUUCAGAGAAGGUUUUCCAGAAUAUGCGUAAUUUGAAUGUGGUGACAUGGACUACAAUGAUAUCCAGUUAUGGAGUUCACGGGAAAGGAGAGAAGUCAUUGGAUCUUUUUAAAAAAAUGAAAGAUUUUGGAUUUAAACCUAACCCCGUCACCCUAACUGCAGUUUUGGCUAGUUGCAGUCGUUCAGGUCUAAUAGAUCAAAGUCGGGCAAUUUUCUGCUCCAUACAGUCAGAUUAUGGCUUUGAACCUUGCAUAGAGCAUUACGCCUGUAUGGUGGACCUUUUGGGUCGUUAUGGGCAUCUUGAGGAAGCACUUGGAUUGGUACAGAAUAUGAAGUUAGCAGCAACAGCAAGUGUUUGGGGUGCUUUGCUAGCUGGUUGUGUGAUGCACAAGAAUGUCAAGGUUGGGGAAAUAGCAGCUCGCCAUCUCUUUGAACUGGAACCAAUAAACUCUAGCAAUUACAUAGCCUUAAGUUGUAUUUAUGAAUCUCAGAAUAUUUGGGAUGGUUUAACUAGAAUCAGAAGCAAUAUGAGAGAACUAGGUUUGGUGAAGACUCCUGGUUGUAGCUGGAUAACCAUUGCAGGAAUGAUACACAAAUUCUACCAAGGUGAUCAUUCUCAUUCAUCCACAAAGAUGAUGUGUGAAGCAUUGGAUGAUAUGAUCAGGGGCCCCAUGUUGCUGAAUGUUUUCGAACAGGAACAUUAAUUACUUUGUGCUCAAGAUAAUUCUGAGAUGGUUGAAAGGAGGAUGCUGGGAGAUCAGUUUCCUGGGAAUGCUCAUGUGAAGAUUUGAUGUGUGAACCUUCACUUAUUUUUUCGUUUUUCUUAAUCUUCUCCACAAUGUGCAC